CUCCACACGCGGCGUUUGCCGAAUUUCUCGCAACGUGAUGUAAACAACUCUUUGGGCUACGUGACUGAUUUUCCUAUGAUUUCCCUCGAAUUCUAGCCUCAGUCGCUCGGAAUCGGUUAGUAUCUUUGCUUGUGGCUAGUGAUAACAUAGAGGUAAGGUUAAUAGAGGAUUGCAUUUUGCCCACCCAUCGCGAUCAAUUGGGUUUAUCAGAGCUGAUAGUGGAUAGAUUACUGAGAAAUUCGAUUACCAAAACAUUUCUGGUGGGUUUUAUCGAAAUUUCACUUGUGGUUCGGUUUCAAUAGUUUUGGAACAAUGACAACGCUUGUGGGCACUCGCAGUCUACUGAGAAAUAUAAUAAGGUAUGCCAACACCCCAGCGAGUCUUGUAAGGAUUAACACGGCAACAAUGUGUUCUGCAGCGCAGCUAGUGAAGACUAUUCCGUUUACCUCGGACUUUUUCUUCCGACAACUCUUCGACACAGAUACAAGUACUUAUACGUAUCUGUUAGCUGAUUUGAACACCAAAGAGGCUGUAAUCAUUGAUCCUGUACUGGAACAGGCUAAACGAGAUGCUCAGCUGGUGAAGGAGCUUGGGCUCACCUUGAAAUAUGCACUGAACACACAUAUGCAUGCCGAUCAUGUCACGGGAACUGGGUACUUGAAGCGACUUCUGCCUGGAACUCAGAGUGUCAUUGCUAAAUUCAGUGGAGCAAAAGCGGACAAACAUCUCGACGACAACGAAAUUGUUCAGUUUGGUCGGCACAAAAUUGAAGCCAUUUGUACUCCAGGACACACUAAUGGAUGCAUGUCAUUCAUCGUCCACGAACAAGGCUUGGUUUUCACUGGUGACGCAUUAUUGAUUCGGGGGUGUGGUCGAACCGACUUCCAAGAGGGAAGUGCAGAAAAACUGUAUUCUUCAAUACAUGAUCGAAUUUACAAGUUACCCAAUAAUUUCCAAGUGUAUCCCGCUCAUGAUUACAAGGGUCAGCUCGCUAGUACAAUCAUAGAGGAAAAAACAUACAACCCUCGAUUAACAAAAGAUAAACCAACAUUCAUCAAUAUAAUGAACAAUUUGAAUUUGGCAAAGCCCAGAUAUAUCGAUAAAGCCAUACCAGCUAAUCGCGAGUGUGGUCUCUAUGAUAUCCCUCCAGAUGCAUAAAAGUGAUCGUUAAUUGACAGAGUUAGAUUAAGUGAUUUUAUAUGUAUCGAACGCACCAAGGUUAUUGUGAUUAUAAAUAAAUAAGCUUUUCACAUGUUGCGGUUAGGUUAGUUAGUUGCGGGUAUAUAAAUAGAAAGUAUACCCGCUGAUGUGUAUGAUAAACUAUGACUAGGGUUCAGAUGUUAGCUGGUGUUACAAGUGCAAGUCUUUCGUUGUGUUUGUCCAGCCUUUAUAGGCUUAUUAUUCAACUAGUAAUAAAUGUGAUAAUAAUAAAAUUUUGUGAAGUA